AUGAACGAGCAACUGCAUGAUGAGAGCCACAAAUUGCCCGUUGAAGCUCGCAACUUGACUAUUAUUGCUAUGUUUCUACACCGAGAUGUCUGGGUUCGAAGAGAGGGGCAAGAUUUAAAGCCUAUUGAAGAAUCGGGUGCUUUUGAAGAGGGUUUCAUGGAAGGAUUGAGUCCUAUUGGAACAAUAAUUGAUGGGCAAGAUGGUCUUCAACAUUGGCAGAUCAAGGUCGCCAUACCGUCUCUACGGGGAUUUCUUGCUACCGCAGUCGGGAAGCCUAGCGACCUGAGUGAAAUGGUGGUGCUACGCAAGCCAGCGAAUGGAAUCAUCACCAAUACUGGUAUCGAUGGGACUGAAGUUUUCUCUUCACACCCCUACACUUGA